CCUGUUUUACCCUUUCGAGAAUCUUCAGUUGCGUUUUCCGUUAGCUUUUCAGUUGGAGAAUUAAACGCUCAUCAAUUUCUCGGCAAUCGGCGAAUAUUAGAGCGUGAAUUCCACGCCAACUUAAUGCGCGUUUUUUUUUCCGAGAGGUAACGAUUAAAACAGAUUUGAAUGGGGAACUGCCAGGCGGCGGAGGCGGCGACGGUGGUGAUCCAGCACCCCAGCGGCGGCAAGGUGGAGAGGAUUUACUGGUCGGUGAGCGCCAACGAGGUCAUGAAUUCCAACCCCGGACACUACGUGGCACUGGUGAUCGCCUCGCCGGCGUCGGCGAGGAGGAGGAAGGAGAACGGCGCGGCGGCGGUGAAGCAGCAGCUCAAGCUUCUCCGGCCAGACGACACUCUUGUAUUGGGACAGGUUUAUCGGCUCAUCAGCUUUGAAGAUGUGCUGAAGGAGUUUGCUGCAAAAAAAUGCGUGAAAUUAGGAAAGUUGUUGAAGGAGAGAAAUCAGGCUGGCCGUCGAUUCUCUUCUGCUAAGGCGGAGCAUGGUGAGGAGCAGCAAAGCCUUGGAAGUGGCGGCGAUGGUGGUGGAAGUAGCGGCAUUGCGAGGCAUCAAGGCGGCGGAGGCCAGUGGAGACCAGCGUUGCAGAGUAUUUCAGAGAUCGAAACUUGAAUAUAUAAUGUAGCGUUCUUCGUACGUCGUUUAUUGUAUAAGUACGCAGUCCAUUUUCAUCGUGUAAUUUCUCCGAUGUAUAAUAAAAUCAGGUAUACGCUUUUUUUUUCA